UUCAAAAGCAAACGAAGAGUAAACCCUGAAUAUUUUACUUAACUGAGUACGUGGUAGGCUUGACACUGAUAUAAGUAGCAGCAGCUGUGCUAGUUGCUACGCCUCCCUCUCCCUCCCUCACCAGUCACCCCCACCAUUUCUCCGCGGCACGCGAGCGAGCUUGGCCAUCUGAUUCUGAGCUGCCAGGCCAACCUCUCUCUCCCAGAAACCAAGAACCAGCGCGCGGCCAGUCAGCCAUGCCGAGCGCCGCCGGCGGCGCCACCCACAAGGGCGGCAUCAAGGCCUACUGGAAGCGCCGCGGCUACGACCGCCUCGACGCCGCCGCGGCGCAGCGCCGCCCGCGCCUCCUCACCGCCGAGCUCGGCGGCGGCGAGGCGCGGCCGGAGCCGGGCAGGCGCCGGCGCGGGUGGCGCGUGCGCCGGCGCGCGGGCGCCGCCGGGCGGCGCCUCCUCCGCGCGCUCUCGCCGCGGCGGCUGCUGGCGCGGCUCCGCGACGCCUACGUGAACGCCAUGCUCCGGCUCGCGUCCUCCGCCGCCGUCGCCGGCUACGGCGCCGCGGGGCCCUACUGCACGGCGGCCGACCCCUUCGCGCGGCCGCGGCCGCUCACCAGGGACUACGACGAGAAGGCGCUCGUCGAGAUCUACCGGGCCAUCCUCGCGCGCGGGGAGGCCGCGCCGGCGGUCGCCACCGCCCGGCUGCCCGCGGCGGUCUGAUUUGCCGGGGCCGGCGGCGACGCCGACGCCGAUGCCGAUGCGAGCGCAGGAGCUCCCGUCACGCUCCUCUACGCUUCUUGGCUCAUGCAAGACUCGUGUAUGCUAGGAUUUCCUUUCGGUACAGUACACAGCGCAUGAACUCGUAUGUUAAAUGGAGAUUCCAGAGCAAUACUGCACUGUAAACUGCUCGGAGCCGCACCGCGUCCUUUGAGCAUUUGAAUUUCACUAGAAUCUGGAAGAAACUUUUCGAUGAAUUUCGUGUUUUUUAUAGGGAUUGGCAAGUUUUUUCAAAUUCAACAGAUUGCAGUGAACACGUAGUACAAAGCACAGGCCCAAAGGU